AUACUUUUGGAGCAACGAUACGGACGUGCGGUCGACUGGUGGGCCUUUGGUGUUUUGAUAUAUGAAAUGCUUCUGGGACAAUCACCUUUCCGUGGUGACGAUGAAGAUGAAAUAUUCGAUGCAAUUUUAGAAGAUGAAAUUCUUUAUCCAAUAAAUAUGUCUAGAGAUUCAGUAUCAAUAUUGCAAAAAUUACUUACACGUGAUCCAGAACGACGACUUGGCUCGGGGAAAAGUGAUGCUGAAGAAAUCAAGCGUCAUCCUUUCUUUAAAGGUGUAAAUUGGGAUGACAUGCUUUCUAAAAAAGUGCCGCCACCUUUUUAUCCCACAAUUUCAUCUCCCGCAGAUACUUCCAAUUUUGAUGAAGAAUUCACGAGAGAAGAUCCAGUUCUUACUCCCGUUCAUAGCAAAUUAACUAUGGAAAAUCAAGAAGAAUUCCUUCACUUCUCUUAUGUGUCGGACUGG